AUGUUUGGCAUAGUUCUACGAAAUGCUCUUGAACGUGUUAUUAAACUUGAACAAGCUGAAAUUUGUGAUCUUUUCACAACAACUAUUAAACAGCUCAAUUCAACUGAAGGCUUUGACAAUCGAACACAUAAACUCAUAACCAAUAUUCUACAAUCGUCUGACAAAUUUGCUAUUUUUGAAAAGAUCAAACACCAAUUGAAUGCUAAUGUUCGUCAAUUGCUUGGUCCAGUUAUUGAACGUGAAAGUCAGUUUAAAAAUGAUAUUGAUCAUUUAACUAACAAUCAUCAAGCGAUUGAAGAUUAUCGUCGAAUUUUCGAUGCUUUUAAUAUUACCUUUGGUACGGCUUCAACACAGCGAGCUGAUUUACAAAGAAUCAGUGAACAGCAAUCGAAUUCAGGCGGCAGAUUGUUGAAAAGAACAAUGAACAAUUUUAUUAGUGAAGUAAGCAAGCAAGAACAUGGAAUAAAAAGUACGAAAGCAAUGAAGCUACUCCAAGAGUAUCUCAAUCAAAAUAUCAUACGACCCUAUCUAGAGAAUAAAUGCGAACGACAAAUGGAUGAAAAUGAUAUCAAACUUGCCGAUAGAUUUACUGAAGCAUUCGUCUAUGUACAGAAACAAUAAGGAAAACUUCAACAGCAGUGAAAAUAAUUACGGUUUUUGUUUGUUAAUAACAAAAAAGAGAAUGUAUCAUUGUAUUCUAUUCUUAUAUUAGAAAAAUAACAGAGGAAAACAAUGCAUUGUU